AUGUCGGUCCUUCAGCGCAUUGCAGAGGUGGAGGCGGAGAUUGCCAGAACGCAGAAGAACAAGGCGACGAACUUUCACCUGGGGCUGCUCAAAGCCAAGCUCGCUAAACUCAGGGCGCAGCUCAUCGAAGGAAGCACAAAGAAGGGCGGAGGCGCUGGAGGCGAAGGUUUUGAUGUCUCGAAGACGGGAGACGCGCGCGUCGGGCUUGUCGGCUUCCCGUCUGUGGGCAAGUCGACUCUUCUCAACAAACUCACAGGAACAUUCAGUGAAGUUGCGGCCUACGAGUUUACGACGCUCACCUGCGUGCCGGGUGUCUUCAAGUACAAGGGCGCCAAGGUCCAGCUUCUGGAUCUUCCUGGAAUUAUUGAGGGGGCGAAGGAUGGUAAAGGUCGCGGCAAGCAAGUCAUCGGCGUCGCGCGGACGUGCUCGCUGAUCCUGAUUGUCCUCGACGUUAUGAAGCCGAUUACGCAUAAGCAGAUCAUCGAGCGAGAACUCGAGGGAUUCGGCAUUCGCCUCAACAAACAGCCGCCCAACAUCACUUUCAAGAAGAAGGACAAAGGUGGUAUCAGCGUGACGCACACGGUGCCUCUGAACAACAUCGACGAGGAGACGAUCAAAUCCAUUUGCCACGAAUACCGCAUUUCGAACGCGCAGAUCUCCAUUCGCUGCGACGCGACGGCGGACGAUAUCAUCGACGUAAUCGAGGGAAAUCGGCUUUACAUUCCGUGUCUCUACGUCAUGAACAAAAUUGAUCAAAUCACCAUCGAGGAACUCGACCUCAUCAGCAAAGUGCCGCACUACAUCCCCAUCUCCGCGCACCACGAGUGGAACCUGGACGGUCUUCUCGAGAAGAUCUGGCAGUACCUGGAUCUGGUGCGGAUUUACACAAAGCCGAAGGGACAGAUUCCGGACUACAACGCCCCAGUUAUCUUGAACAGCCGCAUGCGUCGCGUCGAGGACUUUUGCGUGCGCAUCCACAAGUCGCUUCUCGAUGAGUUUAAACACGCCAUCGUCUGGGGAAAGAGUGUCAAGCACAAUCCACAGAAAGUCGGUAAAGACCACGAGCUGGUCGACGAAGACGUCGUGCAGAUCGUCAAAAAAUAA